AUGGGGGCAAGGGUGUCCAUAGUAGUGGAAGUUGUAGAAACGUUAGUCAAUGUGCAGUCUGGUCAUAUACUGAAGCAUGUUUCUCGUCCUUGCAGCAAGUCUGAUGAACGGGUAGCGAAGAACGAAGAUUGGUCUGGGCCACCUGCUGCACCACCACCACCACCACCACCAGCAGCAGCAGCAGCAGCAGCCGAGGAGGGUGCUGCAAGAGAGAUGUCCGUGGACAGCCUGAGCCUUGUCGCUGUGCACUCAGGCAUGUCAGAUAUACAGGAAUUUGUUUUGCCCGAUGCGGAGCCAGCAUUCUGCUCGCUGGAGGUUGAGCAUGAGAAGUAGACUGUCUUCUCAAGCAUGUUAGCCGGGAGUGUGCCAAUUUUGGCCCCAAUG